AUGAUUAAGCGGUUUGAAAUGACUGGUUUCGUUAGGGAACUCUACUCUCGCAUUAGAAGAAAGUUUCAUAUUACUAUAACGUCAUUGUUUCUGCUGUCAAUGACUUCUUUUGUGGUUGUUCUCGGGACUUUCACAUUGAAGUUGUUGGUCUCUAAAGGCUCCUCGUCUUGCUUCCCAAAACUUAACCGAUUUGCUCCGCCACCGAUGAGCUCUCCGUAUUCGUACAUUUUCUCUAACUUUGGUUUCCGAUCAUCCCUUCCCCACCCACCUUUUAACUCUUCUUUGGAAUCGAAAACUUUGAUAGGCGCCCCGGACCACAACGGCACGUUGCAUUCCGUGACAGAUGAUCGGGAGCUGAUGCGACGUGCCGUUGUCGUAUGUCCAAAUGUUACCGAAUCCUCAGAAAACCUGACCCCGAAGGUAGCCUUCAUGUUUUUAAGCAGGGGGUCGCUGCCUUUAGCACCCCUUUGGGAAAAGUUCUUCAUGGGAAAUGAAGGGCUUUACUCCAUUUACAUUCAUAAAUCGCCGGAGUUCGUCGAUGAGCCAUCCGUAACAUCGAUGUUCUACAAGCGCAAGAUACCAAGUAAGCCUGUUCAGUGGAGAAGCGCGACAAUGGUAGAUGCCGAGAGACGGCUGUUAGCCAAUGCGUUGCUGGACUGCGCCAACGAAAGAUUCGUGCUGCUCUCAGAAGCAUGCAUCCCGCUAGUCAACUUCACCACCGUUUACAACUACCUCAUCCACACCAACCAAAGCUUCAUCGGUUCGUUCGAUGAUCCGAGGCCAACCGGCCACGGCCGUUACAACAAGCGGAUGUUGCCGAAGGUCUCAUUGGCCGAUUGGCGAAGAGGGUCGCAAUGGUUCGAGGUUAAUCGAAAGCUCACCCUAAAUAUAAUAUCAGAUGAAAUUUACUACCCUCUCUUCAGAAACUAUUGCAACCCUCCAUGUUACGUAGAUGAACAUUACGUGCCGACUCUUGUCAACAAAAUCUCGCCGGAGCUUAACACGAAUCGGAGCAUCACUUGGGUCGAUUGGUCGAAAGGUGGUCCACACCCCACACAGUAUGUGAGAAAAGAUGUAUCGAUGGAAUUGCUGAAUCGAAUUAGGCAAGGAUUUGAUUGCAGUUAUAAUGGUCAGACACGCUCGAUUUGCUUCCAUUUUGCCAGGAAGUUUCAUCCGAAUACACUUGAGACUUUGCUUAGGAUGGCUCCAGCGUUGCUUGGAUUUAAUUGA